AUGGCUGUACUGAGGCUGGGCCACCACUGGGAUGGCUGGGCCACAACUAGGAUGGCUAGUAAGAUCAUCAGCCAGCUCUCUGAUGCUGACACUAACGCUAACACUGACACUAACACUCACACUAACGCUAACGCUGACACUAACACUAACGCUAACGCUAACAGUAACGCUAACGCUGACACUAACACUAACACUGACACUAACACUCACACUAACGCUAACGCUAACACUGACACUGACACUAACAGUAACGCUAAGGCUGACACUAACACUAACACUGACACUAACACUCACACUAACGCUAACGCUGACACUAACACUAACGCUCACACUAACGCUAACACUAACAGUAACGCUAAGGCUGACACUAACGCUAACACUGACACUAACAGUAACGCUAAGGCUGACACUAACGCUAACACUGACACUAACACUGACACUAACGCUGACACUAACAGUAACGCUAAGGCUGACACUAACGCUAACACUAACGCUAACACUGACACUAACACGAACAGUAACGCUAACGCUGACGCUAACACUAACGCUAACGCUGACGCUAACACUAACGCUAACACUAACACUAACACUCACACUAACGCUGACACUAACACUAACGCUGACACUAAAGCUAACGCUAACACUAACAGUAACGCUAACGCUGACACUAACACUAACGCUAACACUAACGCUAACACUGACACGAACAGUAACGCUAACGCUGACGCUAACACUAACGCUAACACUAACGCUAACGCUAAUGCUGACACUAACGCUAACGCUAACACUAACGCUAACGCUAACGCUAACACUAACGCUAACGCAGCCUUCCACUGGCCACAGAUCUUGCUGCUGUGA